AUGCGUCACCUGCGCUCACUUCUCGCUAGUAUGCACAUGGACGACGCCAUUUUUCCCGAGAUUGGGUUAGAAAAGUUACCGGUGCCAAUGCAACAGGUUUUGGCUAUGUUGGACUCGAAUACACCCUUAGAGAAGCUAGCUACCCACGCUGACAGAAUCAAGGAGUGUUACCCCAUUGGUGCCUCGUGUUCCAAUAUUCAGCGGCCCCUGCCUUCCAAAGGGAAGCCCCAUCAGGGCAUUGACUUUGAUUCAGAAGGCCCAGCAUUAUCAGAGCACGACACUUCCUAUACGGAAAAAGCACAAUGCUGUUGCAUAACCCGACGAGCGCCCACAUCAGCCGGUCCUCCCAGAACACCCACCGACGCUUAUCGCACCGAUUACGACGACCUAAGAGACACUGUGCGCCUCCUUUGCACUCAGGUGAGCAACAUGUGCUCUGCUCUUAACAGUCUUCAAUCGGCUAGAAAACAGCCAUACUCACAUCGUCGGUCUAAAUCCCGUGAGCGGCGUUUACAACCAUUAUGUUGGUAUCAUCGCACUUAUGGCCCGAAAGCCCGAAAGUGCAUACCUCCUCGUUCGUUCGCUUGUCCUUCACAGUUAAACGACCACGCCAGUCAGUAAUGGCGACGACUGCUGAUGGCCCGUCGCGACCCAGUCGCCUUUUCUAUAUCAACGACAAGUCGAGCGGCCUCCGUUUCCUGGUUGAUACCGGUGCCGAGGUCAGUGUCAUCCCGCCUCUAAGGCGUCACCGCCUCAAGCCUUCGCAAUUCUCAUUGCAGGCUGCAAAUAGCACCACAAUCAGCACCUACGGCCAACGGUCCCUCACUUUAGAUCUUGGUCUCCGGCGACGUUUCCAAUGGGUCUUUAUUGAGGCCGACGUCAAAUCGCCCAUUAUCGGGGCCGACUUUUUGUCAUCUUUCGGCUUAACAGUCGACAUCAGACGCCGUCGCCUCACAGACACAACCACCCAACCCUUUGCCAUAGCUGCCAUUAGCUCUGAACGUUCGGAUGGCAUUCAUCUCAUCAUUCCCAGCACCCCUUUCGCUGACAUUUUGAAGGACUACCCGUCCAUCACUAAACCAUGUCAUUUUACCGAAAACGUUUAACACGGAGUGAAACACCACACUGUCAUGGCAGGGCAACCAGUGCACGCUCGUCGGCGUAGACUCCACCCUGAGAAGCUCCGAAUAGCAAAGAACGAAGUUGAACAUAUGAUGAAUCUGGGCAUUAUACGCCCAUCAUCUAGCCCAUGGGCCUCCCCACUGCACAUGGUGCCAAAGAAGUCAUCUGACGAUUGGCGACCGUGCGGUGAUUAUCGAGCCCUAAACAGGUUCACAAUUCCUGACCGGUACCCCAUUCCCCACAUUCACGACUUUUCCCACAUGUUAGCCGGUAACACUAUUUUUUCCAAUAUAGACCUCGUCAGGGCGUACCACGAAAUCCCGGUCGCUGAGGAAGAUAUCCCAAAGACCGCUAUCACGACACCCUUUGGGCUGUUCGAAUUUAUUCGCAUGCCUUUUGGCUUGCGCAUUGCUGCCCAGUCAUUUCAGCGCUUUAUCGAUGAGAUCUUGCGGGGCCUUCCAGUCGCUUACGUCUACAUCGACGACAUACUCGUCACAAGCUCUUCGGCAGAGGAACAUGCCUCGCAUUUACGCCUCAUAUUCGAUCGUUUCCAGCAACACGGUUUGCAAUCAAACGUCGACAAAUGCGUUUUUGGCGUUAAUUCUCCCAAUUUCCUUGGCCAUCACGUCGAUCAGCACGGGAAUUUAGCAUGCCGCUAUUAAAUUUCCGUAUCUGUUCACGUUUCUUUAUGAGUAGUCUCGUUACCCAAGAUACCUCACCAGAAAUGUUAAUUAUUCCAAUUUUUUAGCUCAUGCAUCGUGCCCUCACAGAAUGCACGCCAUCGACGCUCUUGGCGAAACCUUCUGUAUUCGCCAUAUACUAGUAGUUUGGUCGCAUCUCCCUUCCCCCAUCCUCGGUUGGACUCGGAUGAAUGUAAUCGACCGCAUCUGGGUUCCUAUCGCCUCGAGACUGAUCUUCAUGAUGCCCUCACUGAAUGCGCUUCAUCGAUGCUCUUGGCGAAGCCUUCUAUAUUAGCCAUAUACUAGUAAUCUGGUCGCAUCUCCUUUGCCCUAUCCUCGGAUGGACUCUGAUGAAUGUAACAGACCGCAUCUGGGGCCUUUUCGCCUCGAGACUGGUUGUCAUCAUGCCCUUACAGAAUGCGCUCCAUCGGCGGUCUUGUCAAAGCCUUCUAUAUUCGCCAUAUACUAGUAGUCUGGUCGCAUCUCCCCCCAUGUUCGGAUGGACUCGGUUGAAUGAAACUGACCGCAUCUGGGUUCCUAUCGGCUUGAGACUGGUUUUCAAUUUCGGCACUUAUUUUUCUUAUUCAAGGCGAUACAGGCCAGUUCUGACCGACCCGCCUACGUACCAUUUUAUGAAAUCCGUUACACAAUGCCACAUACAGCUGACAUCUAUUUCGGCCAUGUUGAUGUCGGGCUUUAUUCCAUUUUGUACCGCCACAUGCAGGCCAGUCCUCCCUUUUUUUCUGAUGCUAUUUUUCUGAGGGUUUUUUUUUUCUCCUGUUAAAUUACUACAAUCAUUUUUAAAUCUUGCUUUGGAGUUUUUUUUUCACCCCUCGUUUUUUUUUUCAUUUUCAUUUUGCUUAACGGACUUCUAAUCUCAAAAACUAUGCAUUGCACUUUGUGCAGAUUUUGCCUACAUCGUCUAAAAUUUGCAUGUAAAUUUAUUUUUACUUGCUUUGAUGGGACCCCGACGGGUCUUUAAUAAAAUAAUUGAAAAUUGAAAAAUUGAAAAUUGGAAUCACUCCAUUUACAGAGAAGGUGCAAUGCAUCUUGUCUUUCCCUGUUCCCAACACACUCACUCAUCUGCGACGUUUCAUAGGCCUUAUCAACUAUUACAGACGUUUUAUUCCCCAUUGUACGACAAUGCUGGCUCCCUUGACUGACCUUUUGAAGUCAAAAGCAAAACCUAUUGAACUUUCACCGGCAGCCCAUACAGCUUUUAAGGAGGCGAAGAAGGCUCUUGCCGAUGCCACCAUGCUGCACCACCUCAGCUCUGACGCUCAUGCACAGCUCAUUUUGACCACCGACGCUUCCAGCAGUGCUGUCGGCGCAGCCUUGCAUCAGCAGCUGAAUAACCAGUUGCAGCCUUUAGCUUUCUUUUCACAGAAGCCUUAACCGGCGCAGACUCGCUAUAUUACUCUCUCUCGCGAGCUCCUUGCCAUCUACUUGGCCAUACGUCACUUUCGACACCUUUUAGAGGGCAGAGACUUUUCGGUCCAUACCGACCACAAACCUCUCACUUACGCCCUCAAGGCCAAGCCAGAUCGGUACUCGCCCAGGGAAGUUCGUCACCUGGACUAUAUAUCGCAGUUUACUGCAGAUAUCCGCUACGUCCGAGGCAGCGACAAUGUCGUUGCUGAUGCAUUAUCCCGUCCGGACAUCAACACCCUCACAUCCGAUUUCGACCUGGCGAAGCUUGCAGACCUCCAAACAGCAGACGAGUCCAUAGAGGAAUUACGUACGUCUAUUACUCUGCAGCUUCGAGAUGCGCCACUUCCUGCUUCACCAGGUACGAUCUUGUGCGAUUGGUCCACAGGCACCCCUCGUCCUGUUGUUCCACCACCCUAUCGUAAGGUCGUCUUUGACCACUUUCACUCCCUCUCCCACCCUGGCAUUCGCGCCGGACGUAAGUUAAUUGCGGCUCGUUUUGUUUGGCCGAAGAUGAAUUCCGACAUUGCUCUUCGGAACAGACAAUGUCUCGCAUGCCAGAAGAACAAGGUGCAUCGACACACCUCCUCCCCUCCAAGUACCUUUGCGGUCCCGGACGUUCGAUUUAAUCACGUUCACUUGGAUUUAAUCGGAUUGUUACCCCCUUCACGUGGGUGCACGCAUAUCCUGACGGCAGUUGACCGUUUCACACGAUGGCCGAUUGCCGUUCCUAUAUCGGAUACCUCGGCAGAAAAUAUCGCCUUGGUUUUUCUGACCCAGUGGAUCUCAACUUUUGGUGUUCCCGCCACCCUUACCACUGACCGCGGAAGUCAAUUCCAAUCUAGCCUCUUCCGUGAGUUCACUAGGCUUCUAGGGUGUGCGCACAUCACAACCACGGCAUAUCAUCCUGCCUCCAACGGCCUCGUUGAGCGUCUACACCGCCAACUCAAGUCCGCACUGAUGUCCCAAACAGAGUCAGCUACUUGGAGUGUCAAUCUCCCUCUUGUGCUUUUGGGCAUCCGAUCUUCUGUCAAGGAGGACAUCCAAUGCACUGCCGCCGAACUUGUGUACGGUACACCCCUCCGUCUGCCCGGCGAAUUUGUGCAGCCUUCCACAACAAACACUAACAUCCCGAGCACCUUCGUAAAGCAGUUGAAACAACGCAUGGCUCAACUGCGUCCAACCCCCACUCGUCAGACAUCGACACAUUUGUUUGUACACGAGGACCUUAAAUCUGCCCCCUUUGUUUUCGUCCGGAAUGACGCGGUUCGCAAGACUCUUUGUUCCCCAUAUGAUGGCCCAUAUAAGGUCGUUCAGCGGAAAGACAAGUUGUACGUCCUUCAGAAGGCUGAUAAGACUGACACGGUCUCCAUUGACCGCCUUAAGCCAGCCUAUCUGGAAUGCCUCCCGUCGACCAGUGCGCCAUCCAUUCCCCCUACUAUGUCCUCAGCCGAUACACCCACUCCACUCACCUACCCUCCAUCACCACACUUGACCCUUCUACCCACCCAACCGGAUCCUCCUCCUACACCACCGCCCAUUUCAUCUCGUUCCGGUAGACAUAUCCACUUUCCCGCCAAACUUAAAGACUUUGUAGUGUAA